AUAGGUACCGCGCAAACGACGACCGGUCCAAACCGGAAUGCGGACUGGUGCAGACGGAAGACUGCACGAGACGAGAGAGAACCGCACAGCAUGACGCAGCAACACUGACAGGGUUGCCAAUGGCCAUGCUGCUGAGUCGGCAGCAGCUUUUCUGCUGACCUCACGUACUUAGUUCUUUCGAGGAGGGGCCUAAGUGCGCUGCACUGUCCCUCCCGCCUUUGUUCAACCAUGGCGGAGAGGCGGGUGCAGGACGCGCCAUGCGCUUGUUGCCCUCUCGCGGGGGGACAACGUUGGCCGGUGUUGAUGCUCAGGAUCGCACUCUUGUCGUCCUUGCUUUUCUGCUGUAGGGGGGCAACAGAUGAUUCUGAUCGGUCGAGACAUUCCACAAGGGAUGGGUACUAUGGUCAGGGACACCCACGGUCAGCAAAGGGUAUUCUCGGGGGGGUGUUACCAUUCAGGGGGGAGGGAAAAGCGGUGGAAUCUGGGGGGGUGGAGGUUGAGCUGAAGCGUUCGGGGGGCGGGCUAGAAAUGGAGCCGGACAGGUGGGGCGAGUUUGACCUGAAGCGCUUCAAGCCGGCUGCGGCUGGGAAAGGAGCGCAGCUACCGGGGGCAACAGCUGGCGAGGUUGCUCCCCCCGCUACUAUCUUUUUGGAGAGCCCUGCGGGGCUUGAGGAGGCGACCAAGUAUCCCGUCAACAUCUCGGGCACGUAUAAAGGUACCUGGGAGGUCCAGGGCAGCAACACCUCGCUGCGGUUUCCGGACCUCCAGAAGAGUACGGGGAACAUCAUCUUCCAGCUCACGAGCUCGCGCACCGCCGAGCCCGAACUUCACUAUGUGCACGGCGAGAUUGUGCUGCGCGACGGGAGUUACAUCAGCGACGGCGACGUGCACAUGAAGCUCGAGGGCACGUAUGUGCAGCGCUUUGGGGAGCUGCGGAUGGUUCUCAGCAGCAACGGGCGGGACGAGGACGGGGGGCGCCUUUCUGACGGAAAUGAAGGGGGGGGAAAAGUGGGAGCGGGGCUCGGGCCGUAUCAGCUGGGGAUGCGAGAAGGGGGACGCGAGCGGCGGAAAGCAGGGGGCAAGAUGGAUAUCUACGAGUUGGCGCGCAACUGCAAGAUUAGGAUGACGACACAGGUCUCUCCCCUUUCCUGGAAGCUAGUAAACGGCGUGAACGAGUACGAGCCGAGCUCCAUGGUCGGCGUUGUCAAGAGCCCGCGCGGCGAGGAAGGCGGCGCGUGCUUUGCGCCGCUCGCGCUGAACGUGACGGCGGUAAACCUGGAGGCGUAUUACAACAAGGCGAUCAACUACACGCUGAUGGUCACGUUUGUCUCGUUCGUGCAAGUGCUGCUGCUCAUCCGGCAAAUGGAGUAUACCAACACGCAGUCGGGCGCCGCGAAAGUGUCACUGCUCAUGGUGGGUCAGCAGGCCAUCAUGGACGCGUACCUGUGCCUGCUGCACCUGACAGCUGGCAUCGUCGUCGAAUCGCUUUUCAACGCGUUCGCGACCGCUGCGUUCUUCAAGUUCGUGAUCUUUUCGAUCUUCGAAAUGCGCUACCUGCUGUCGAUCUGGAAGGCGCGCCGGCCCGCGAGCACGGGCGACGGUUGGGAGUCGAUGCGGCGGGAGCUGUCGAUACUUUACUCUAGAUUCUACGGGUUCCUGCUGGGCGGCAUCCUGAUCAUGUACCGCCUGCACGCGAUGCUGAAGCACAUCCUGCUCCUCUUCUACGCCUUCUGGGUGCCCCAAAUUAUUUCCAACGUCAUGCUCGACGCGCGCCGCCCGCUGCACCCCCACUACAUCCUCGGCAUGACGGCCACGCGGCUCGCGAUCCCGCUGUACACAUUCGGCUGCCCCAAGAACUUUAUGAGAGUGGAACCCAACCCGGGGUGGUGCGUCGGCCUUGCCUGCUUCCUGUGCGGUCAGGCAGGCGUGCUGUUGCUGCAGCACUACUUCGGCGCGUGGUGCUUCAUCCCCAAGCGCUUCCGCCCGGAAAAGUACAGCUACUUCCGGCGGAUCGAGCGGGCCUCCAUCCCUGGGGGGGAGGAGGCGGGCCACCUAGACUGCGUUAUCUGCAUGGCGCCAGUUGACGCUGCCCCCCUCUCGCGGCAACGCAUGGUCACGCCGUGCGACCAUUUGUUCCACUCUAGUUGCUUGGAGAAGUGGAUGGAUAUCAAGAUGGAGUGCCCGACGUGCCGGCGGCAACUGCCGCCCUUGUAACAUAGAGAACGGCGUCAGCAUGAUGUCAGAAUUGACCGAAGAGAUUGGUAGUUGUAUAGGUAGAGUGCGAGAGUCCCCAUUAGAGAUAACAAAACGCGAUGAAGACACGUCAAUAAGCUUGCCUUGCCUUACGAUGUUGUUGAGAUGAGAUUUGAGACGCAGCUCGUGAGGCUGUGCGUCUCGCCAAGUGAACACUGUUGUUAAUUUGUUGUUCUUCACAGGUAAACGAUCGCAGAUGCAGCUUUAUCAGACUAUGUGCAUGAUUCGAAUCAAGUGGUGCCAGCGCUGCUUGAAGUCAUCCCGUUGCAUGUUGCCAACAUCCGCC